UCCUUUUUGGUCAUGUCAACAGUAAAGCAGAUACUAUAAUCAGCAGCCGGGCGAAAUGAUUUGCCUCAAUCCUCUUAUUGCACUAAACGUAACUAUAGCUUCGUCAGAUUCAAGUGAGAUGCCAUAUAGCUAGUCAUAUUACUCGCCGCGGCAGCUAAAAGUUGAAUCUGAAUUCUGUUUUCAGAGUGAACUGGAGAUGUCUAGCAGCACCCAGUUGAACAUCCGACAGUGGACCACCAAGCAUGUAGCCAAGUGGCUGAAGGACGAGGGCUUCUGCCACUAUGUAGACCUGCUGUGCAACAAGCACCGUCUGGAUGGCAUGUCCUUACUCACCCUCAGCGAGUAUGACCUACGCUCUCCCCCGCUUGAGCUCAAGGUGCUGGGGGACAUCAAGAGGCUGAUGGUGUCCCUCCGCAAGCUGCAGAAACAAAACCUGGACAUCCUGGAGGAGCUGGGGGUCCCGUUCGACGGACACUCCCCUCAGGGUGGCGGUGGGGACUGGCACUGCAAUGGAGACUCCAGUAGAGAGUGUGAUAACUCUAACACAGACACUGCACCGGUUGGAGAGCAGUAUCUUCAGUAUACAAAUGGGAAGUACAAGCAUGGAGGGAGCAGGAGGCUGGACCCUGAGUACUGGAAGACAGCGCUUAGUGCCAUCUAUGUUGUGUUCGUGUUUGGAUUUACCUCCUUCGUCAUGGUGAUCGUGCACGAGAGGGUGCCGGACAUGCGCACCUACCCGCCCUUGCCGGACAUUUUCUUAGACAGUGUACCUAGAAUACCAUGGGCCUUUGCCAUGGCAGAGGCAUGUGGAGUGAUCCUGUGUAAUAUCUGGCUGCUAGUUCUGCUGCUGCACAAGCACAGGUCAGUUCUGCUGCGGCGCCUGUGCAGCCUCAUGGGGACAGUGUUCAUGCUGCGUUGCAUCACCAUGUUCGUCACCUCCCUGUCAGUGCCAGGACAGCACCUGCAGUGCUCAGGAAAGAUAUAUGGUGACAUGUGGGCAAAACUGCAUCGAGCUCUGGCCAUCUGGAGUGGAUUUGGAAUGUCUCUCACAGGUGUCCACACAUGUGGUGACUACAUGUUCAGCGGUCACACAGUGGUCAUCACCAUGCUCAACUUCUUUGUGACAGAAUACACACCGAGGGGUUGGAACUUCAUCCACACCUUAUCUUGGGUCCUAAACUUGUUUGGGAUCUUCUUUAUCCUGGCGGCCCAUGAACACUACUCCAUCGACGUCUUCAUAGCUUUCUACAUCACAACCAGGCUUUUCCUGUACUACCACACGCUGGCUAACACCAGGGCUUACCAGCAGAGUCGCAGGGCCCGCAUCUGGUUCCCCAUGUUCUCCUUCUUCGAAUGCAACGUCAACGGCCCUGUGCCCAACGAGUACGGCUGGCCCUUCUCUAAACCCGCCAUGAUCAGGAGGAUGAUUGGGUACUAGGUGGUAGAGGACCCCUGUCUGCGAUGCAGCCACAAGGACAUUGAUCUCAUCUAAUAGACACUACUGGUGACUUUGAGCCCUGUCGUGCUAUUUUUGCUACUGCCCUCUGAAAGAAGUUGCUAACUGUGGUUAUGUGAUAUCAACUUUAUAUUCCAAUAUCUACAAGAGAUUGCUAACUGAGAUGGCUUGUGGGAUCCUAUUUUUGCCAUGGUGUGACCGGGUACAGACUGAGAGAUGUGACUCCUCAUAUUCUGUCCCAUGUCAGCCUGUUAAAAGGGAUUAAAGUAAGGCUUGUGUCUAAAUUGACAACCUAUUACCCAUGUAAUGCACUACUUUUGACCAGGGCCCAUAAGGCUCUGAUCAAAAGUGGUGCACUACAUAGGGAAUAGGGUGCCAUUUGGGACUCAUCCUUUCAUCAAUUUUCUCUCUUCGUUUGAAAAGGGAUGAGUUUUAAAUGUACAUUUCUCACAACUUUUGCCACAAGAUCAAUAAUCUGGUUACAGAUACGUAUGUGCUUUAGUCAGUGCCUCUUCUGUUGUUAAGGUAUACAAUCUGUUUAUGGCAUGACGACAAACUUGACAGAGGAGUUAUUCAAUUCCUCUUCUGUUGUUAUGGUAUACAAUCUGAUUAUGGCAUGACGACAAACUUGACAGAGGAGUUAUUCAAUUCCUCUUCUGUUGUUAUGGUAUACAAUCUGUUUAUGGCAUGACGACAAACUUGACAGAGGAGUUAUUCAAUUCCUCUUCUGUUGUUAUGGUAUACAAUCUGAUUAUGGCAUGACGACAAACUUGACAGAGGAGUUGACUAAAGCACAAACUGAUCUGCUACUACCAGGCUACCAUUUCGAUGCUUAAGGGCUCAGACACACCAAUAGGGUUUGCUGGUCGGGAGUAGUUAGCACCACAACAUAAUUUGCAAACCAAGUGCACACUCAUUUUACAUGUAGAAUCGCUUGAAAAAUGUGAAUGAUCGGCAGACUAACGCUAGAUGCACAUUCGUUGCAAUGUGUGUGAGCCUUAAAAGCUCUUAACUUGCAACCUGAUAGAAAAUUGGGGGUAACGGCGAGCUAUAGGUUUGGGGAAACAUAAAAGCAGAAUUCUCAGGCAGCCUAUUGUAACCAAACACAUUAUUUUAAGUCAGUAAAGUUUGUUGAAAUCUAAAAUUCAACAGCGUUAUAGUGAAAUAGGCUCUUGUGUGUUCACUAGAUAUCCUGAGAAGUUAGGGCACUUUUCAUAAUAUUAUUGACAUGUUUCUUUCAAUGUUUUAUCUGGACUCUAGUUCUAAUACAAGUAUGGACCACCUUAAAGGCAAUAUCAAAACGUCACAGAUGAUACUGUUGCUGAAUUUAUGUAUAGCAAUAUCAUAGUUCAAGAUGUUGUGACUGGUCUUGUUACUUGUUUGCCAUUGUUUCUUUAGGUAGUGUGUAAAGCUUCUGCAUUCCUUAAGACACGACUGUGGUUUUGACAGUAUUACUAGAAUGCUGAAUGAGUCAUUCAUGGCUCAUUUUGAAAUGAACUGUUUUGGUUUCCUUUAUAAUAUUUGUAUUGUUCAGUUAUUAUCCUGCCUUGUCCUAACUAGACCUUACCGUAACCAGGGUCGUUACUUAGGAGAUCGCAAAAAGCAGCCAAAACUAUGGAAUGGAAAAUGGUGAACAAUUGUUUUAAAUACCAUUCCAUUUGCCAAUAGCUUUAGUUGUUAUAGUAACAUUGUCUGUGUACGAAAUGCAUAUCUCAAAUGUUGAGUUUUGUACUAGCUUGUAAAAUAGUAAUUUAGUAAUUGACCAAGAUUCACGAUAAGAAUAACAUACAAGGAUAACAAUCCCUACAAAGUAAUUGAAAAAAAUUGUAUUUUUACUUCUUCCACAGAUCCCUUGUACUUAAUUUUGACUGCAUCUUAAUUUAUUUCAUUUGGUAUAUGUAAAUACAAUAAUUUUUUUUUAUAGGUAUUUGAUGUACUAAAAGGUUAUUGCAACAUGCACUUAAGCAGGAAUAUGUUUACAGUUGUGCGGAACUAUAUUUGUUUGAAACACAAUGUGCUUUUAUGUAUAGGAUUUAUUUCAGAAUCACCCUUUCACCCAAAUCAUGGAAAACAAAUGCAAACCAUCACAAAGUCCCCCACAGUUACUCAAAUCAGGUCUGAAACUGCCAUUGAUGGUAUUGGUUACAACCCACUUAGUACAUAUUUGUAAAACAAUGAAGUAUUACUUCCCACUGGGCACAAACGUGAGUUCAACAUCUAGUUAUGAUUUACAUUUGAUUGCGUUGUCGACUAACAUGAAAUAAAACAAUUAUACAGUUCCUGAAAUUCCUUCACGUUUGAUAACUUUUUGCAAAUCAGUUUUCCACGGUGAUUCAAUGUCAUCACAUUGAAUGUUUUUAUUGAAAUGGCGUAGAAGCAAUGUUGUUUCAAUCAGUUUGAGUCCAGUGGGUUUGUCCUAUAUCCAUCCCAUCAUGUUUUAUUUGGAAUUUCAGCUGUGGAAUAGUUCCUAGUACUACCAGGCCUAGAUUGUAACCCGUUACUGGUUGAGUCUUUACCUUUUCCCCCCACCUUUCUUAUAAUUCCAACUAGUUCCUAAUGCAUAAAUCUUUUGGUUUGAGUAAUGCCAGCUCAUGUGCAUGCUAGCUAGGUAGCUAGCUGCAAAUUCAUAGUUUUCUGCUAAGAUGUUAGAUACAUACUUAUGAAUGAUGGCUUUUCUCUCUUGAAUUUGUUCUUAGUUGUCACUUUUAACCCCCUCUAAUAAAAUGUUACUAAUCCUUAUCACUGGUGUGGUUAUAACGGUAUGUUACUGAUCUUCAUGAUACAGUAAUUGACUACCAAUGUAAUGAAAAUGUAGCAAUAACAGCCAUUGUGGUUGUAUUGGGUUAAUCAAUCUUUACCAUUAUUAAACAGUAGAAAUCAA